AUGACUGGAUCAUCAUCACAAUUCCAACAGCUUGAAAAGCUCGGUGAAGGUACAUAUGCCACAGUCUACAAGGGUAGAAACCGUACCACCGGUACGCUUGUAGCGCUUAAAGAAAUCAACCUUGACUCGGAAGAAGGUACUCCAUCCACAGCCAUAAGAGAAAUUUCACUCAUGAAGGAGCUAGACAACGAAAAUAUUGUCACCUUGUACGAUGUCAUUCACACGGAGAACAAAUUGACCUUAGUCUUUGAGUUUAUGGACAAGGACUUAAAGAAGUACAUGGAGACCCACGGAAAUCAGGGCGCUUUGGACAUAAAAUUGGUCAAGUCCUUCAUGUUCCAAUUGUUGAAGGGUAUAAUGUUCUGUCAUGACAAUAGAGUGUUGCACCGUGACUUGAAACCUCAAAAUUUAUUGAUAAAUGCCAAAGGCGAGUUGAAAUUGGGUGAUUUUGGAUUGGCAAGAGCCUUUGGAAUUCCAUUCAACACAUUUUCCAACGAGGUGGUGACGUUGUGGUACCGUGCACCGGAUGUCCUCUUAGGAUCCAAGUCUUACACUACCUCCAUUGACAUUUGGUCAGCAGGUUGUAUAUUCGCUGAAAUGUGUACAGGAAAGCCGUUGUUUCCAGGAACUGCCAACGAUGACCAGUUGAUUAAGAUCUUCAGGUUGAUGGGGACUCCAAAUGAAAGAACAUGGCCUGGAAUCUCACAAUUCCCCAACUUUAAGAAUAAUUGGCAAAUCUUCAUCCCACAAGACUUGAGGAAUAUGAUCCCCAACUUAGAUUCCAUGGGAUUGAACUUAUUGACAAGUCUUUUGCAAAUGAGGCCAGAUGCAAGAAUUACAGCAAGACAAGCCUUGCAGCAUCCCUGGUUCCACGAAAUUUCCAACCCAAAUCCCUUAUUACAACAUUUGAGUGAUCCAUACCAGCAGCAGCAACAACAACAACAACACCACCACCAACAACAACAGCAACAACAGCAACACCAGCAACUCUAUCAAUAG